AUCAAUUAUGCACCGCCCUUGAAUUGUGCAUAUUACAAAAUCACAAACAUUAAAUUCAGAUCUCCUCUUGUCUUCUCCGUAUCUUCUUAUAUCAUCUUCAUAUCAGCACUACAAGCAAGCAACGUGUGAGGAAGAUGUCAUCUCACAUCUCUACUUUGCAUGCUAACAACCAAACCACGUACAAAUAUAAAAAAUAAAAAAGGAUCAGACCUCGCGCAAUGUGAAUGCAUCAUCACCAUCUAAACUUCACAAGGUGUAGAUAGAGAGCAUACAAGCUCUACAUAUUCCAUCUUUGGACCUACAUAUUGAAAAAAUAUUACAAUCCGAAAGGUUUAUUUUAAGCGAAUUUAGAACUCACAAUUCAAUGACUACAGUUUUGGAAGAAAAGGAUAUAUUCGGUAUCCAGUAUACCGGUUAAAAUAUCGGUAAUCGACUGUCCGGUAUCUGGUAUACCGGAUACUGAGUAGCCGAUAUUCGGUAUACUGGCAAUUGAAAAUGAUCUUCAAGUUUCAGCUAUUGAAUUUAGAAACUGAGAUGUGAGAUGACAUCUUCCUCACACGUUACCUGAAAGAGAGGAAAGUGCAUUCCACAUAAGGAAAUUCUCCACCUACAGCGAAGAUUAAUGAGUUCAUCAAGAUAAUCUUACAUGAUAGGAAGCAAAGCAAGACUCAAGAGUCGUAACCAUGAAGUGGAAGAAUGUCAAAUCAUGAGGGAGGCCAACAAUCUAGAAGAAAAUGUUUAUAUCAUUGUGAAUGGUAGUAGUUCCACCAAUAGCAACGAUCAAUGUGGUAAGUCGCACAAUCCGGGGUGGAAUGACCACCCGGUAUACGCAUGGGUAACGCCAUACGAUCAAGAGUCUUAGGUUCAAGCUUUGACAUAUGUUUCUUAUCAACCACAACUGGGGGUGGUAAUCGGUAAACCGGUAUUCGGUACUAUCGGAUACCGUACCGGAUACCAGCGAUAUCAGUAUUCAAUGACGUGACUUGGCAUAACGGUAUACUGAAUAAUACCCGGUAAUAUACUGACGACAAUCCAGCAUACCAGAAUACCGAAAUAGCAUAUAUGAAAUAAGGGCAAAUGAUGCUCUUACUUCUGCUUCCAGAACCUCAGUAUUCAAUUAGGUAUACUGGCAAUUGAAAAUGAUCUUCAAGUUUCAGCUAUUGUAUUAUGUCAAAGCACUAAGCAGACAGAAAACACAGAGAAAAGAGACCCAUCAAAGCUUCGUUUGUCGAAAUAUUAUACCAGCAAAGUAGGUGUCGUUUGGUUUUGGUGAUAAUUAAACUGAUGCAUUGUCAUUAAUGCAUGCAUAAUAAUAUGCAUGUAUAUAUAAAAAUUGGAGUAUUGUAGUUUACAUUGUUUGGUUCAUGUGAUAGUUAUUGUAGUAUUUAAAUAAGGCAUAUCACUUUUUGGGUGAAAUGUCACUUUUACCCUUUGUUUUUAAUAUUAAAAAAAGCAACACACACAUUAAAAGGUAGGGACAUAAUUGGAACAAAAGAAUACCCAACAAUCUUUACCCUUUGUUUUUAACUAUCACUCAUUUUGAGUGAUAGUUUAUGUCAAAUCAAGCAAACAAUGCAUGUAUUGUUUAUGCGGAAUAUUCAAAAAAAAAAAACAAUGUAUUGUUGACAAUACAUGUAUUGUAACUAUCUCAAUCAAACUAUCACCAAAACCAAACCAACCCAUAAGAUAUUAUCGAUCAUAUAUUCAUACAUCAGAAAAACAUAUAAUUAACAAAGGGUUAAUUGCAAGUUUGGUCACUGGGUUUACAAAAAAGGUUCACGUUUGGUCACUAAAAAUAUUUAAAUCCAUUUGUGGUCACUAAAAUUAGUUCAAUAGUUCGAUAUUGGUCACUCUCCGUCCAAGUCCGUUAACUUUCGCUGAUGUGGCAGUCAAUUUUAAAAGUUGACCGUUAAAUGACUGAAGUGGCAAUUAAAAAAUAAUAAAAUUAAUAUUUUACUAUUCACAUCAUUUUCACAAUAAAUAAAUAAAAUAAAAGAAAAAACAGAAAAUAAGGUAAAAUAAGAUCCCUUCACCUCCUCUCUUCUCCACCGGAUCUUCCUUCACCCAAAAUUCAACUUCCCAAUCACCGUCUUCCUCCUCAUCCACUCAAUUCCUUCUUUUUCCCUCUCUCCUUCAGUAUAUCUCAUCCCUCCAUGACCCCAACCCUACCACUAAUUCACUGGCCUUUACCAAAUAGAAAUCCCCCAAACCCACCCCUUUCCAUCCCCCUCCUCUCUUCCAAUUUACAGAACCAAAAAGAGAAAUCUAGGUUGAGACAAACACCCACAUCUCUUCAAUCCUACCUCUCUCUUCAUAUUGAUUCAUACUAAAACAAGCGACACCAACGCCAAAUAGACCUCCAUCGAUUCCUUCUUGCAAGUGAUUAAAAACGCGAAGAACGGCGUAGUUGCUCCAGUGGCAUGAUAUGGCAUGAUUGAAGGAGACCGGGAGGUAGUGGAGGGAGGUGUUGUCACAAAAGAAGAGAAGCAGAUGAUGGCGGAGAGGGCGAAGAUCUCCAAGAACUGGCGGCGGGUUCCGGGCUAUGCCGACAUUGAGAUCUGUUCGUCGAGGGGAAUCAGGGUUGUUGUUGUUGAGGGGUUACCUUUGGAACGGAGCUUCAAAUCUGGGGCCGAGGGUUUAGUGUGGAUUCUGGGAGGAAUAUCCGGAUGGAGAAGAGAGGAGGUGAAGGGAUCUUUGGCCAGAAAAUCGUCGAUCAAAAUGCAAGAGAGGCUAGAAGUAUUUUACCUAUUUUCUGGGUUUUCUUUAUUUUUAUUUUUUUAUUUACUGUGAAAAUGACGUGGAAAUAGUAAAAUAUUUUAUUAUUUUUUAAUUGCCACAUCAGUCAUUUAACGGUCAAUUUUUAAAGUUGACUGCCACAUCAGCGAAAGUUAACGAACUUGGAUGGAGAGUGACCGAAUUCGAACUAUUGAACUAAUUUUAGUGACCACGAAUAGAUUUAAAUAUUUAGUGACCAAUUUUUGGGGUUUAUGUCAGAAUCAAGAAGAAGAAUAUUAAGAAAAAUCAUAAACCCUAAUCUCUCCCAGAUGUAGUUAAAAGCGAGUUUCUACAUAGAAACGUUGUGGUAAUCUAGAAGCGUAAAAUUGUAAGUUUUUAAGUUUUAAAGCGGAGUUUUUAACUACAUAAGUUAUAAAAACUGAGAUUUUGUGUAGAAGCAUUUUAAUGACCUAGAGACGUAAAAUCGUAAGUUUUUAAGUUUUCAAGCGCGAUUUUGACUACAUUGCUCUCCCUAUCCUCUCAAUUCUCGAUCUCAAUCCCUCUAAAGGCCUAGGCCGCUUCUCUAUCUUUAUCUUCUUCUUUCCCAAAUCCCAAUCUCAAUCCCUAAUUUUGUUCGUAUAAACCCUAAUUCCUAAAUAUCAAACUCGUUAGAAACUUUGUUUCUAACAGAAUGGUUUAAGAGGAGGAAUCCUACCUAAACUUGAAACUAGAGCUUGACGUGAAGCAGUGGUGGAUUUUCAUUUUCUAAUAUCAUGUUAUUCAUGAUGAUUUGAGUAGACUCCAUAAACUCUUGAGUCAGUUUAGUUCUCCCAAGUCACCUAAUUAAUCACUAGUUUCACCUGGACCAAACAUGGCAUCACCACACCAACCCCAACAACAAAUGGUAAACUCUGUGAGUAAACACUUGUAAGUGAAUAAAACUUGUGCUAUUCACUUUGUUAGUUCAUAGUUUUACCUAGUAUAGUCAUUCAAGAUGUUCUAGUUGUCCCAACCUUUUCUUUUAACGCUAUAUCAGUUAGCAAACUCAUUAGUCUUUGCCUAUCUCACUUACUUUCAAAUCAAACAUAUGCUCUAUCCUUGAUCUUCUAACCAUAAAGUCGAUUGGCUCUUCCAAGAGACUAGAGGUUCAUAACAAUUUAUGUCAUACAGAGUUGACAAUUAAAUCCAUGUUAUUUCCCUCAAGAUUACUCAUUUUCACACCCCAUUCAUUUGAUUUGUGGCACUGGCGACUUGGAUACCCUUAUAAUUUUACAGUUAAAGAGUUGAAAAGAGUUAUGGCUGGUAUAUAGAUAGAAUAUUUGCAUCAUUGUGAUGUUUAUAAUCUUUGUAAACAAAAUGUAUUCCUUUUUUCCCCAAGCCAAUAUGCUGCACAAAGUACCUAUAAACUCAUACAUGUUGAUAUUUGGGGUCCGUUAGUCACUCUGAAUUUCAUGGAUUUCAGUAAUUUCUUACCACAUGAUUUAUACAAUUUUUCAACAAUACUUUCAAAGCACAUAUGCUUGUAAUUAGUCUAUUUCCUCUCAAACAAGUCCAGUGCGGAAGAGAGGUGUUUAAGGGAAGAUGGAAAGUAGUAGAUAAAGGUUGGGUGCUAGAAAGCUAUCUGAAUUUCCCUAAACACAUCCUUAAAGGGUUCUCCGGUCCAAAGGAAAAUCUCUUUGAAUUCUUAUCUUAAACACUAUGACCGGUUGCCACUCACGUGAGACACUCAUUUUUUCAUUAAAAGUACACUCAAUAAUUGAGCACCUUUCUUCAAAAACCUUCUCCAAGUCCAAAAAUGGCGAGAGUCCAACAAACAUGUCAUAGUCGUAACUAGCCAACAAUAUCAACCAACCAAAGAGCACGUGGAAGCAAAAUUAAUCAUGGACCAACAACCCUCUAAGCGCUACACCAUCCUUCCUAGAAUGUAUGCCAUCACGACAUCCACCAAUUCUAAGCACAAUGAGUAGGAAUCAUGCAUAGGACAAGAUGUAUGGAACCAUUAAAUUUGAAAAUUUAGG